GCAAGUUCGCGACGAGGGACAAGGUAGACGGAUUUGGCGAAAAGAUUGAGGAAGAUUCAAGAGAUUUCCAUAAAGAUUAGAAUGCAAAAUCUCGCAUCGUCAAUGUCGUGCACACAGAUGCGGUGUUGCUACAUCAUUCCAUGAUCUCACUUUGGUUUAAUGAUUUAAAGAGAUUUAAAACUAAUUUAAGCACUUUCACGUUCAGAACUGAUUUUACUAUUACCUCUGUAGCGUGAACUACGGUUGAAUUUUUUGGACGAGAAACGGACGAGCGAAACAUCAGAUUCUCCACUGAUCUCCGCAAUGGAUGAGAACAUGGAUCGACUGAGUAAAUACACGAAGCAUUCGCCAAAAACUAUACCUAAAUCAAAUCAGGUUCUGGAAUGUCGUGUUUGUGAGGAGGUUUUUACUGUAGAUGGUGUGAAGGUACCACGUUUGUUGCACUGUGGACACACGGUAUGCCACUCGUGCUUGCUAAGGUUGAGGUCUUGCAUGUUUGAGGAGCAGCAGUUUCUACUGUGUCCCUUUGAUCGACAGCCCACCGCUAUUCACGAGAAUAGCAUCUACUGCCUGAAGAAGAACUUUGCGCUUAUCGAACUGCUUGAACGGCUGGAACAGUCUAACAGCCAGAAAACGUUGGUGUUGGAGAGUGAGAGGCUUCAGUCGAAUCUAUUGUGCGAUGAGGAUGAGGCUCAUACUGCAGUUCUUUACUGUACUGUUUGUGCCACACACUUGUGUGAGGCUUGCGACACUGCUACACAUUCAUCCAAGACCCUGGGCAAACACAGACGUGUGCCGUUGUCAGAAAAGCCGCGUGAGAAGCCACGCUGUCCAAUACACAUAGCAGACGUAGCUGAAUUUACAUGUACUCAGGAAGGCUGUCAUAAUUCCUUGAUGUGCUACUUAUGUAAAGAAUAUGGCAAACAUAGUACUCACAAGCCGGUAUUAGUCGAGGAAGAAGCAGAAAAUAUUAGGAAGUCCAUUAUCGCGGCAUUGCAGAAGAUGACACAGUUUAUGGAAAGCAUGAGAGAUACUGCACAUAAAAUAGAAAUAGUAAUCGAAGAAUUAGAAGGCUGGGCGAUCGAAGACGCGAGGAGGAGGGUACGAUACCAUUUCGAGGAAUUACGUGCUGUUUUAACCGAACAAGAGAAAACAGCGAUGGCAUACAUCGAGACGGAGACUCGCGGUAGACUUUGCGCACUGAGACAACAACAGAAAGAUCUCACGACCACGCGAUCGCAAGUGGCCGGUGUAUGCAUCCAAUGCGAAAGCAUACUCGAUUCCGAGGAUUGGAAGUUGCUGAGCAGCUCGGAGAAAGUCAAGGAAGUGCUGGCGACAUUGGAGCAACAGCAGCAACAUUAUGCGCAAUUAGGACCGGAUUUUCUCAGUCCCGAGUCCUCCAUUCCAAUUAUAUUUAGCAGGGACAACAGAAUACACAUUGGAACAAAGAUUGAUAUGCGCGUAGUAAUCUUAGGACUGGAUGGUGCGGGAAAAACAAGCAUUUUAUCUGCUAUGCGAGGCGUUACAUUGCCAAAUCCACCGAUUCCCACUAUUGGCUUCAACGUUGAAAGCUUGGAGUAUAUGAAUCUCAUGUUUACUCUUUGGGAUGUUAGCGGUCAUCAGAAAUUUCGACCACUAUGGAAGCAUUAUUAUCAUAACACGCAAGCUGUUAUUUUCGUGGUUGAUGCUAGCGAUAGAUCUCACUUUGAAGAGGCACGAAAAGAAUUAUCAAAGAUACUUUAUGAACGAGAGCUGAAGGAUGCUCUGCUUUUAAUAUAUGCUAAUAAACAGGAUGUUCCUGGCUGUGCGAGUGUGGAGGAAUUAAUUGAUAUACUCGGCUUGCAUAAACUUUGUUGUGCGAGAAUAUGGCACAUUCAAGGCUCAUCGUUAGUUACUAAUGCCAGUGGUACGCUGCAGGGUCUUGACUGGCUUUCGACGCAAUGUGUAUAAACUUUUUUUUUUAUAAAAUUAUUUAUGUAUGGAAAAAGCCGAAGAUAUAUUUAACGCUAAUUAAUUGUGAUUUCCACGCAAAAAUGGUACGAAGCAGACUGAAGUUAGAUAGAUAAAUGUCAUGCAAGAUAAAUAUUUGUACGUACAGUAGACGUUGAAAAUAGUUUGUUUUUUUCUAGCUAUUCCCAUAAAAUAAACUCUUAUCGAAUGUCAUACGUAUUCAGAGAAUUGUAUUAAAAAACAAUAUCUCAGCCACACAACACAUUUCGACGUCGAUCAUACUUUAUAAUUGUCAUCUUUUUGUUAUUUCUAAUAUAAAUCUUUCUUUUAUUUGCUCAAUACGUAUGGAUGUCAACGUGUGAAUGAUGAAUCUAUUAUAUCGCCGCGAAUCUCCCUUUAUUAGCUCGUUAAUCUACGAGAUAAAUAUAUUAAGUCACGCUAUACCAAAAAAAGAAAAUAAUUCGCAAGUCACGACAUAGUCAUUUCGGAGAAAAAUGAUGUCCGUUUAUUUUCCGAUAUAAAAAUGGAGUUACAAGAUUAACUAUACUCGAACAUGAUACAAUAAAAUAGCGUGUAUAUGCAUAUAUAUACAUAUACAAUGGUAAUUGGAAGCAAUUUGCACAAUCGAUUCGUACACAUUACUACAAAUGGUGAAAAUGGAUCAGCAACAGGACUGGGUUUUACGUUCGAUCGAGGUGAGCGCUUGAGACGAAAAUAAACGCCUGAGCACAUCUAGAAAAGUCUUAUUUAUUUUAUUACAUGGUUAUUGGACUGCCUCUGAUACAUAAUCAUACCAAUUGUAAUCACUCAGUCACAUUUGCACACAUCUAUCAUUCUUACGUUUUGCCUUUUUUUUUUUUAUUAAUAAUUGGAGCGAUUUUUCUUUUUCUUUGAAUUACACGUA